ACUCCAUCCAAAGGAAACAACACAAAUAACCAUCCCCAUCCUAGGUUCUUGUCGAUUCUCGUCAUUCUCACGAGACUCCUGAUCCUAGUUGAUACCAGUUUCUUUUCUACCAAACGACACAAAGGCGCAGUCUUCUCGAGUAGAAGUUCUGCCCUCGUUUUUCGCUUCCGUCACCCCGCGAUUUAUCAACUCUAGAUCGAGCUGUGCUUGAUCUAGAUUUUCCAAAGCCUCAACCGCAAACAUGGCUGACAAGGGUCUUGAGGAUGUCCCCGAGGGACAGAUCGAGUCCAACUACGACGAGACCGUCGACUCCUUCGAUGACAUGAACCUCAAGUCUGAGCUCCUCCGAGGUGUCUAUGCCUACGGUUUCGAGCGUCCCUCUGCUAUCCAGCAGCGUGCUAUCAUGCCCGUUAUCAAGGGUCACGAUGUCAUUGCUCAGGCCCAGUCCGGUACUGGAAAGACCGCCACCUUCUCCAUCUCUGUUCUCCAGAAGAUCGACACCAACGUCAAGCAGUGCCAAGCUCUGAUCCUUGCCCCUACCCGUGAGCUUGCUCAGCAGAUCCAGAAGGUCGUUGUUGCCAUCGGAGAUUUUAUGCAAAUCGAGUGCCACGCUUGUAUCGGUGGUACCAGUGUCCGUGAGGAUAUGAAGGCCCUUCAGGACGGUCCUCAGGUUGUUGUCGGUACUCCCGGUCGUGUUCAGGACAUGAUCCAGCGCCGUUUCCUCAAGACCGACAGCAUGAAGAUGUUCGUUCUCGACGAGGCCGAUGAGAUGCUUUCUCGCGGUUUCACCGAGCAGAUCUACGAUAUCUUCCAGCUUCUCCCCCAGUCCACUCAGGUCGUCCUUCUCUCUGCUACCAUGCCCCAGGACGUUCUUGAGGUCACCACCAAGUUCAUGCGUGACCCUGUCCGCAUCUUGGUCAAGAAGGACGAGCUUACCCUGGAGGGUAUCAAGCAGUUCUAUAUUGCCGUCGAGAAGGAGGAGUGGAAGUUGGACACCCUCUCCGAUUUGUACGAGACCGUCACCAUUACCCAGGCUGUUAUCUUCUGCAACACCCGCAGAAAGGUUGACUGGCUCACCGACAAGCUCACUGCUCGUGAUUUCACCGUCUCCGCCAUGCACGGUGACAUGGACCAGGCUCAGCGUGACCUGAUCAUGAAGGAGUUCCGAUCCGGCUCUUCUCGUGUCCUGAUCGCCACUGAUCUCUUGGCCCGUGGUAUCGAUGUUCAACAGGUUUCCCUGGUCAUCAACUAUGAUCUCCCUGCCAACCGUGAGAACUACAUUCACCGAAUUGGUCGUGGUGGUCGUUUCGGCCGAAAGGGUGUCGCCAUCAACUUCGUCACCGCUGAGGACGUCCGCAUGAUGCGUGAGAUUGAACAGUUCUACAGCACCCAGAUUGAGGAGAUGCCCAUGAACGUUGCCGACCUCAUCUAAGCUCAAUCUAAAAAAAAAUUGAAAAAAGCAACACGGGUCUUCCAAUAUCCGUUACCAGGCUGUCUCAUCAGCUAUUUACGAGCGGACGAUACAGGGCAGCCUGACAUCUUUGGGAGGAACUUACGGAGAAAUCUCUUGUGGCAGUUGUUGAUAGAUCUCGUUUCUAGAGUACCGCGCUGGAAGGGCGGCAGACCUUCCCAUACGAGCUGCCGCCGGUCCGGAAGGUGACCGCCGGGGAGGAGGUCAGAACUUCGACUUGGCCGCAUGGCAAAAGGCUUCGGGGGCAGUCCUUUGCGCCCUUAAUACCUUUGGGGGGUGCAUUGGGGGCUACCAAAAGUAAUGCAACGGUUUUUUAAACCUGCUUUUUGUCUCUGUUAUUUAGGGUGUCGUUAUCAUGAUGAAUGUUUUUCUUUUUCUAUUUCAA